AUGAACCCCUACGUACUCACCAUCUUACUUUCUAGUCUAGGACUAGGCACAGUCCUCACCUUUGCCAGCUCUCAUUGACUACUUGCAUGGAUAGGCCUAGAAAUUAAUACCCUCGCCAUUAUUCCAAUUAUAGCACAACAACACCACCCCCGAGCAAUUGAAGCAACAACCAAAUACUUUUUAACACAAGCAACCGCCGCAGCAAUAAUCCUUUUUGCUAGCACCACCAACGCCUGACUUGUAGGAGAGUGAGAAAUUCACCAGCUAACACACCCCUUAGCAACUACAACAGCAAUAUUGGCCCUUGCCCUCAAACUUGGACUAGCCCCCGUUCACUUUUGACUACCAGAAGUUCUUCAAGGACUUGAACUCACAGCAGGACUAAUCCUGUCAACCUGACAAAAACUGGCACCUUUUGCACUUAUAAUUCAAGUAGCCCCAACCAUUAACUCUUCUCUACUCAUUGCAAUUGGCCUUCUAUCAACACUUGUCGGAGGCUGAGGGGGACUUAAUCAAACCCAAUUACGUAAAAUUCUAGCAUACUCUUCAAUUGCCCACCUAGGAUGAAUAGUAUUAAUUUUACAAUUCGCACCCUCCCUUACACUCCUCAGCCUAUCCAUAUAUAUUGUCAUGACAUCUUCAACGUUCCUAGCACUAAAAGCCAACAACUCUCUAACUAUUAAUACUCUCGCAACUUCAUGAACUAAAUCCCCAACCCUUGCCGCAUUGACCGCUCUUGUGUUGUUAUCCCUCGGGGGCCUUCCACCCCUCUCAGGCUUUAUACCAAAAUGACUUAUUUUGCAAGAACUAACAAAACAAGAACUGCCACUACCUGCCACACUAGCUGCUAUAACAGCCCUUCUUAGCCUUUACUUUUAUCUGCGACUCUGCUACGCCUUGACCCUCACUAUUUACCCCAACACCCUAACUGCCACCGCCCCAUGACGCCUCAAUUUUACCAUAAUUACCUUGCCCCUUUCAAUUGUUACUAUUUUAGCCCUGGGAUUACUUCCCCUCACACCAGCUGUGACUACCAUGUUAGCUUUGUAG